AUGGAACAUCGAUCGGAUAAGACAUGGACCUUACCCGGAGCUUCUCAAUGGAUUAGACGAACGGCAUUCAUCAUCACAUGCUUUGUUCGCAUUCAACUAGACGACGUUAACUAUCUCCUUCGCAAAGAAGACAUCACUUUUCUAACCGUCCGUGUUCUACUUCGAGAAGCUGGUCACGUAGUCACAGAGGGAGCCCAUCUUAUGAUAGAAGAUAUUUGCGAUCGUCGUCCCGUUGCAGUUCCUAUUCACCGUGACGAUUUUGCGAUGGGAAUCAAUCCCUUCGUUCAAGAGGAUUUCAUAGGACUGUGCGCGCACAACACCAUACGGUUCGAUUGA